GAAUGGAAAGCGAAACCUAAAGCGAUUGUGACUAGUUCGCGACAUUGCGCGUGUUCUCUCGUUUAAAUUCACUGCUGACAUCAUUUUGCCCACUCGCUUUCAAAACAAAGUAAUUGUAGACUCGUUUUAGAGUUUGUGCAGCUGAACUUUUUCCAAAUGCAAACGGAGACAGCGUGUUGUUGGAGUGUGAUCUUUCUACUUCAUUUUCACUCUUCCUGCGGAACAGUGUUUAGUCUGUGCACGAGUCUGGGCCUCAGCUGCUUAAUCUGUCAAAUUCAGCUGUUUUAUCCUCCGUUGUUUUUGCGAAAAACCUGUCUUUGAUACUGUCGUGAUAUUGCAACCAGACAGCUGAGAUUCAUCCUAAUACGUACACAACUUCACUAAGCCUAACGCUACACCCUCCUCAGCCCCCACCCCUGCGCUAUGAGCAGAGGUAGAGGAGGGAAUUACAAAGAUAGCCAGCGAUUUUCCCUCCCUUUCAGAAAGGGACAGCCUCAGUUUUAUUCUUCUACAACCACUGGACAAUCACGGGGCCCUCGUGUCCCAAGCCCCAGCUCUUUAUCUGGCAGCUCUCCGCAUCCUUCCUUUUACUCCUCCUACUCAAGUGGUCCUGGUGUACCUCCACGUGAUCAUCCUUUUCCCCCUCGUCACUCUGAUCCAUCCCUGUGGGCAUCCCCCCAGCACGGCAGUGAUCAGAUCUCGGACUCAAAUGGUGUAAGCUUCCGACAAAACCAGGUGCAGUUCCUCAGGGGGCAGAGUGCACAAGCUCCUCAGUUCAAAGCACCCCAGCCGCGAGGGUCCCAAAGCUCUAGCCGAGGGGAAGAGGUCUCAACUGAGCCUAUCCAGUACCAGACGGGUUAUCGUGACUUUAAAUCAAACAGUUACAGUUUUGGAAGAAGAAACUGUUACGGCAGAGGACAGGAUAACUGGCAAGGGGAGCAGAAUUUUGGACCUAAAAAAAGGUCAGGGUGGAAUCACCCACACCAGAAGGGACAAUAUUAUUCAAAUCAGCACUAUAAACAAUUCUGGAACGCUCGGGCAAAUGAUUUAUCCUCUGGCAUCUAUAAUCUGAGUUUUGGUGACCGUGUAAAAAGGGUAGACACCUCUGAUACCUUGUCCUGCAGUAACUCUUCUUCUAAGGUUUCCAGUUCUUCCAGCUCAUUCAGAGAUUCCCUGUAUUUGACCCCUGAGAUCCACCAACAGGUCUGUGCUUUUUUGACAUCACUCAGGCCAGCUGAGACUAUUCAGGCAAAGGUCUUGGGCAAAAAGCUUGGUCUCCCCAAGAAGAUUGUUAAUAAGGUUUUGUAUGACCUUUUGAAGUCAAACCAAGUAGUGAAACAAGGAGAGACCCCCCCUUUGUGGAGACUCUGUGAGGAGAGCCGCGAGUCCAUCAGAGAGAAAGACCAAACACAGUCUUCAAAAGAUUUGGAAAAAGAGCCAGGUCAGAGUCCAUAUAUAAACCAGAAAGUUGGUGGAGAUUUCACUACCACCAGUACUCCCUCUCCAUCAAAGAUUCCCAUUGACGCUGACAGCGAUACCAGUGACGAAUCAGAGGACUCUGAAGGUGACGAUAGCUGUGAAAAGUUGCUUGCAGAUCAGGAUAAAAAGACUCUUUCACCUACAGUGCAGUCUGUAACAUUGUCAACAAUGGCUGAUUCUAAAGAUAGCAAAGAGAAGAUCCUACAGUACCUCUAUGAAGCAGGUACGGGAAAUGCACUUGUGAUUGCCAAAAAUCUUGGCCUGCGAAGUGCCAAGCAGGUCAAUCCCACACUUUAUGCCUUGGAGAAACAAGGUGAUGUAAACCGCAACACUGAAGUUAAUCCACCUACCUGGGAGCUAAGUGCACACAGACAGGAAAAGAUGGACCGCCAACGAAAAGCUGCUGCAACUGCAAACCAGGAUGUAAACAGUGCUGCAACUCUAAGUUUGGAAGAUGACGAGAUUGCAAAUGUAGCUUUGGUCAACUUUGAGCCAAUGGAAGGAGGUGGAAAACCAUUGGUUGAGAUGUUAGACAAUGACAAUGUUUUUGGUAACACAGAAAUUGACAUUCCUGGCUUAGAACCGGUAUCCAAAGCAAGUGACCUUUCCUCCUCAACCCAUCGGAACUUUCAGCCCAAUCAGUUUCCCUACUAUCAGGAGACUCCCAGUAACGGAGGAGAACAGUCACAGUGGGCAUCUGAUGAUAUUCCAGAGUUCCUGAACACAAUUCGUUCUGAGGUUGCAGUUUCCUUGGCUGCACCCCCUCCCCCGACCCAAAGCAUGGAGUCAAACAGAUUGCAGAAACUAAAAGAGGCCCGUAGUAAGAACCCAGUUAGCGGGCUGAUGGAGUUUGCACAGCAUCUUGGAUACACUUGUGAAUUCCUACUUUUAGAACAGUCUGGACCCUCACAUGACCCCAGGUUUCGGAUGCAGGUCAUGUUAGAUGGUCGCAGGUUUCCAGCAGCUGAGGGUUCAAACAAAAAAGUGGCAAAAAAAGAUGCUGCUGCCAUUACCCUGAAAAUUCUUUGGAAGGAGUUGGAUGGAGGAGGUGGAGAGGAAGAGGAAGAACCAAACAUUGAGGGAGCUGGGUCAACCACCGAUAUGGCAGAUGAUAUGGGUGGCACUGACACUCCACCUCAGGCUCUCUCUCGAUCACUACCUGGAGGAAAGAAUCCUGUUUCUGUUCUGAUGGAGCACAGUCAGCGCAGUGGGCACCCUAUCCAGUUUAUCAAAACAGGACAGGAAGGGCCCUCUCAUGAUCCACGGUUUAUGUUCCGUGUGAAGGUUGGGGAACGUCUCUUCCAGGAAGCCUCAGCACCUAGUAAGAAGGCAGCAAGACAGCUGGCAGCGGAGGAGGCUGUGAAAGAGCUUAUGGGAGACGGACUACUACAUCUUAACAAGCCUCCAAGUAGUUUCUGUCCUAUGGGUGACAGUGAGUCGCAGCCAAUGUUUCCGGCGUGCCCCUCUCUGCCCCCCUUGACUGCAGCUGAGCUUCAGGCAGCCCAUGAGGCAGGUGUGGGUGACCUCAUCAACCACCUGAACAACAACGCAGUGUCCGGUCUGCUUGAGUACGCCCGUGCUCGAGGCUUCGCUGCUGAGAUCCGCCUGGUGGGCCAGUCUGGACCCUCACACGAGCCCAAGUUUACGUACCAGGCUAAAUUAGGUGGGCGGUGGUUUCCUGCAGUGUGUGCCAGUAAUAAGAAGCAGGGCAAGCAGGAGGCAGCGGACGCUGCUCUUAGAGUGCUCAUCGGAGAAGCCGAGAAAGCAGCACGUACUGGAGAGCUCAUGCCAGAGUUGCCAGUAUCAGGGAGUACAAUUCAUGAUCAGAUCGCCAUGCUAAGCCAUCAGCGCUUCAAUGCCCUCACUGCACGCAUCCAGCACAGCCUUCUGGGUAGAAAAAUUCUUGCAACUAUUGUGAUGCGCAAUGGAACGGACAGUCUUGGAAAAGUUGUCAGCCUCGGGACAGGAAACCGCUGUGUUAAAGGAGAGGAGCUCAGUCUUCGUGGGGACACUGUAAAUGACUGCCAUGCAGAAAUCAUCUCCAGAAGAGGCUUUAUCCGGUUUUUGUACAGUGAGCUGAUGAAGCACUGGGAAAGCCCUGGCGAUGAGACUAUUUUUGAGCUGGCAGGUGAUGGUAAGCUGAAGAUCAAAUCUGACAUCACCUUUCAUCUCUAUAUUAGCACUGCUCCAUGUGGCGACGGUGCUCUCUUUGAUAAAUCGUGCAGCGAAGCGGCUGAACUCAAUGGCUCUGGACACAUGCCUCUCUUUGAGAACAUCAAACAAGGCAAACUCAGGACCAAAGUGGAGAACGGUGAGGGUACGAUCCCAGUGGAGUCCAGUGACAUUGUGCCCACCUGGGAUGGCAUUCAGCAUGGCGAGCGCCUGAGGACCAUGAGCUGCAGUGAUAAGAUCCUGCGCUGGAACGUUCUCGGCCUGCAGGGGGCGCUGCUCACACACUUCAUCCACCCUAUUUAUUUGCACUCCAUCACUCUUGGAUAUCUUUACAGCCACGGUCACCUGACUCGAGCUGUGUGCUGCCGAUUGUCCAGAGAUGGCGAUACUUUUAAAAGCAGUUUACCAGCGAACUUUACUCUCAACCACCCUGAGGUGGGCAGGGUGAGUGUGUACGACUCGACACGCCACACAAGUAAGACCAAAGAGUCCAGCGUCAACUGGAGCCAACCAGACCAGUAUAGCGUGGAGGUUCUGGAUGGCACCAAGGGCAAACUAGACAGUCCCAAGAUGGAGGUAUCUCGGGUUUCCAAGUCCAAUCUGUUCCGUCUCUUCCACGCUUUGUGCCAGCGAGCAGGCCGAGCCGAUCUGCUGGCACUGCAGUCUUAUGCCCACGCUAAGAUGGCCGCCACAUCAUUCCAGGAAGCCAAGAGGCUGUUCUUUCUGGCACUGAGCCAACAUGGAUAUGGUGCCUGGAUUGGGAAGCCCUUGGAGGAGAAAAGUUUCGAAGGUGAAGCCAAAAGCUUUGAGCCGAUGGGAGGAAGCGGAGACGUUCAGGCUUCAGGUUGCGUUGUUGACCCCAAUAGUUUCUUGAGCUCCGAAAACAACAACUUUCUCUCUGCGGCACAGGGAUUUUAGGGCUAGAGGGGGAGAUGAAGUCAGCAAAUGAGGGGAAGAGGCAGGAUUUGAGAAGGUUAGUUGUAGAGAUGGAGGAAUGGGGUGAAUCUGUGGCUUCGGGAUUCAAACUUUUAACAUUGUGAUAAAUCAGAAAGAAGUAAAGCAGAGCUUUAAACCCAUGGCGAAUUGGACUUGAUGAAAAAUGAAGAAGUAGAGUCAUGCCUUUUUUGUUUUAGAAAGCUGUAAGCAUUUGUUUUAGGAGAGUUCGUCUUUUAUUUUCUCCAUGUUUGACAGCACCAAUGCUGUGUUAGUGACUGGGUGGCCACAUAGGCAAGGGAUUCGGUUCAUCGCUUAAGGUAUAUUUCACUUAAUAAAGAGAGUUUUAACGCUGGUCAGGUCGCUGAUUUACAUUUAUUUAAAUUGAGGUUUCCCUGUGUUUCAUUCGAGUUGGUUGUAAAGGAUUGUGUAUUGAGAUUUAAAGGGUUUGUUCAUUGCAAAAUGAAACGUUGUCAUUUUGUCACCCUUACCUUUCCUCAGUAAUUUUUUUGUUCAUUAGUUUAUUUAGAGCUGUUUCUCUGUGUGUUUUUUAACAAAAAGGCAUUGAUUGCUGAUUUUGUUUUAUUCAAAAAGAAAUAUACAGAUUGAAAAUGAUGGCAGAAUUUUCAUUUUUGCGUGAACUAACUAUUUAAUUUCAUCAGCAUUGUUUUGUCUUUAACCUACUUUGUUUUUUUCAUUCCUUUUAAAGUCUUGGUAAUACUUUACAGUAAGUAUUCAUUUUCUAACAUGAGUGAAGAUUAGUUGACAGGAACUAACAAGAACAGUAUACAGUGUAUAUCUAUCAUAAUCCUAAUAUCUACAUGAACAAAACUCAAAUCUGCUAAAGUUGUAUUUUUUUUAAACAUAAACCAAUAUGUGUAAGCAAUACAACUGUGUUUUUACCAACUUGAUCCAACGUUAAUAAAUGUUUUAAAACACAUUGCUCAAAUGUUAGUUCUUUUUAACUAAUGGCUUAACUGAUGUUAAAAAAUGAAACCUUACUGUAAACUGUAAGCAAAUUUGAUUUGCUGAUUAAACUUUCUGUAUUUACAUAAAUGUUUUUUUUUUGUUUGUUUUUGUUGCAUUGUGGAGAGAUCCACACACCAAAACUUGAGUAGACUGCUUGAAAUGUAUACAUAAUGUACAUACAAAUACAUAUGCACACAGAUGUAUAUAUAAGGUCUGUUGAACGAGUUUAUAUAUAUGCGUGUGUGUUUAUGUAUGUGUAUAUAUUGUAUGUAUAUAUUUUGUAAUGAAUCCUAAUGAAGUGAAAUCCAUAUUAUUUUCUAUCUUCAUUUUUAGGAUGUCUUUUUAUAUAUAAAUAUAAAUAUAUAGACAAGGUGUGUAUGUUCUGUUUUGGCUGUAGUUUAUGUGCACUGUUUGUUUGUUAGAUAUUGCAUGCAGCCAAACACAAUCUUCAUUCUGACACAUGACAUCUGUAGCGGGCAGGUGAACAGCACAAAACAUAUGCACAUUGUUUUUCUGCGUGUGUUUGUGUGUGUGUGUGUGUGUGUAUGUGUGUGUGUGCACAACUCUGUGAAUCUGGGUCUUAGAAUAUUAUUUUAGCCUUUAUAUUGUAAGCUGAAAUCUGCACUGCUUCUGUUUUAAUGUGUUCAGACACCAUCAACUGAUGCACUGCUUCAAGACUAAAGCAAUACUAACAUUCUGCUUCCUUCCAGCAAGUGUGACUCUGUAUGCCUCAAACACUUGUCAUCAAACCAUUGAAGUCUACUCCAGCAUUUCUUUAAGAUAAGUUCUGUUCUUGGUAUUAAAGGAGAAUUUUCUUUCCGUGUGCUGCAGAAAAUGAUGUCUUGCGGGUUUAAUGGCAUAUGCUGUCUUGGCUCAGGCUGUAGCUGUAGGUGAGCGGGGAUAUUUAAGACUGGGUGGAAAACUAUUUGAGUCUCACCACAGUAAAAAGCACCAGACGACAAGGCAAAACUUGUAUUCCAAAUGAGACUUUUCUGCUGUCUACUGAUAUAAGAAUCACCUGUAAAGAGUGUCUGGUUGAUUUGCGUAUGUAUAUUUAAAUAAGUAAUUUCAUACACAGCUAUGGUUUGUCUUAGAUGUUAAUGUUUGUUUUAUUCUAUACAGGUUUGGUAAUAUUACUUAUAAAUAUUAAAUUAUAUGUUUCAAAUAUUAAACUUUUUUUUUUUAAGAAAAUGUCAAUUGGUCAUUUCAUCAAAAUGUAAUUUAAUUAUUCCAAUAUCUAAAGUAUCCUUAAUUUGUCCAAAGUUAAAGCUUUGUUAUUGUGUCUGUCAUCUAAAAAUAAACAUCAUGCCUGACAAUGUGGCACCUUAUUUCAUUAUUUUAAUGCAGCAUUUUAUAUGAUAAAAUUUGUAUUUUAAAUUUGACUGUUUGUAUUUUAUAUUUGUGAGAAAUGCCAUCAGACCUUUAUAAAAUAAAACCGAUAGUAUCUUUGCACACAAACCCAUACCUUUAUAAAUCCAGUAAAAGUUUAACUGAAUUUUAAUGGUCUCAAUUAUUUAUUUUUUUUUCAAUAUAUUUGGUGCAAUUCACAUUCUACACAUUCAAAUGUCAAUAUCACAGUCAGUUUGAGCAUUAGUCUAUUGCAUUUGAGUACAUAGCUACUGUAAAAAUUAAUAAUUGAUGGUUUCUCAUUGUUACCAUUUAAUUUGAAAUGCAGGCGUAAUACACAUUUAUGACUGUCUUAUCAGGUGUGUAUGUAAUUUAUGCGUUCAGUUCAGUUUCUAACCUUUAGCUUAUCAAUUAUGAAACAUUAAAUGUUGCUUAAAACAGCAACAGUAUGCAAGCUAACAAAAAAAAUGGCACUUGUUAAUAAAUGUACUGUAUAUAUUAAUAUUUGGAUGGGAAAAGCUGAAUUCCUGGCCUACAAUCUAAUAAAUUUGUUUUUUAAACUGUU